AUGUUAAAAGUAAAGGACAUUUUAUUAAAUAGUUAUUUAAUAUCAUAUUCUGGAAAUACGAAACCCCAUAUCUUUUAUAUAGCAAAAGUUUUAUGUUUCUUGUUUGUUAUACUGUCAGAACUAAUACCUGUUGAAUCAAUAUGUGACCCUUAUAAUCCUGCCGAUGAUAUUUCGACCGCUCAACUGUUUUGUAAUCCUAAAGGAGGCGAAGAAUAUAGAAUUAAUGACGAAGUCUUACUGAGCUGGAAUCCCACUAAUGCUAAUCUAUUUGAUUCUAACGGUCAAAAUCAAGUACUAGUUUAUCUUUUUAGAAUAUGGCAAAAUACAUCUGUAUAUGAAGAUGUAAUAACGUUAAAUCCCGGUAGCUCAUUAGAUUAUCUCUUAGUUCAAAGAGCCUCCAACUUUAUAAACUUAACUAUAGAACCUAGAUGGUUACCUAAAGAUGAAGAUUCAAACCCACCUAAAAGUUAUUCAUUUUUUUUCAGAGUUUUUCCAAGUGACUCUGACAAGAAAUCAGAUAUAAAAUUUUCAACCCCACAAUUUAAAGUCAUACGACCAGUAUUGAAUUCGACAACAGCCGGUUCAAAAAGUCAAACAGCUCCAACAAUUCCAACAGUUCCAGUAGUUCCAGCUACAUCACCACUUAAUUCGGAGGCUCAGGACGAUAAUUCCGAAAAUAAAGUGUUGAUUGCAGUUAUAGCGGUGGCUAGUCUCGCUACACUUUUGGCCUUUGCUGCAGUUGUAAUUGCUAUCAGGAGUAAAAGACGAUUCAGUAAUCAAAAUAAGCAUAAAAGUCAUUCUAAUCUUUCUACAUCUUCAAGUACUCCAAUGGUUACACCUUUAUCUAUUGGCAAAUUUGGAAAUAAUAACGUUGAUUCUGAAUCCCCUAUAGAAUCCGAAUCCAUUCAUUCCACAACUCCACUUGCUAUGAAAGAAGAAACACGCUUAAAACCGAAAACCACUAUACCUAAUGAUAAUCAACCAAUAUCCGCUUCAGACGCUGCUCUACUUUCAGAUGCUUUUCGUAAAGUAUUGCGAAAACCGGAUUGGAAGCCCGAAGAAGAUGACGACGAUGACACUGAUUUAUCAAACGAGGAACGUUUACGGAGGAGAGAAGCAAAAGAAUUAAUGAAGAAGGAACUUGCGGAGGAAGGAACCGAUUUACAAAAUCUUUCAAGAAGACACACAAAAGUAGAAAUUCGUAAUAUUAAUGAUGGACCAGAAAGAGAUGUUGUUAGUCGUUCAUCAGAAUCUGAUUCAAAAUAA